AUGCACGCGGGCCGAGAGCGGCGACGCAUCGGUUGCGUGAAUAGUCCGCCGACCGAGACGUGGCGCUACAACAUCGUGGAUAGCGAGGCCAAAGCUCGCGACAGGCGUGAGCGCGUCUCUCGUCCCGUGCGUCAGGAUCGGCGCGACCGAGAUGAAGAUGGUGACCGCGGUCGUGGCCGCGACGGGCGCGACGCGUCCAGGGGAGGUCAAGACAGCGGUGCACGUGUCCACAGGAGCCUUUCCCGUGCGCCACGCGACGAUCAGCGGCAUGACCAAGACAGGGGAAGCAGGGAUGACCACCGCGGCAACCGCGACGGCCGCAGGCGCGCUGCAUCGCCGCCGCCCCCGCCGGCCGCCGCCCCUGUCCUCUUGGGCUCCGGCGCCGCCCCUGUCCUCUUCGGCUCCGGCGCCGUCUGCGACCCCGAGGCUUGCGCCCUGGAGAUGGGUCGAGCCCCUCCGGCCACCGCUCUGGCUGCUCCGGUGGAGGCUCGUGGUCGCAGCCCGUCUAGGCACGCGCGCCCAGGCAGUGCCAGGCGGGACUCAAGGGACGCCCGCACUCCUCCGGCUUCGCCGCCCCUCUCCCCCAAGUCCGUGCUCCGCUCACCACCCCCCUCCAAGCGUGAUGAGGCUAGGGUUGCUACAGAGGCCAUUCAAGAGAGGAGUCCAGCACUCAUUGAGCUUUGCUCGCCGGUCUCCAUGUUGAGCCCCAUCCUCCACGUCUCGCCAGUACGCCCUCCCGGCUUUGAGGCAUCUCCUACACCACCCCUCCUCAGCAGUGGCCCCCUGCAGCGAACCCCGACAUCUCCACGGGCUCGUAAACGUGCAGAUGAUGACGUGUUGCCGGCGGGGCUUGCUGAGCUGCUUGUGCCAAGCCUGGGGGUGGCUCUCCCGGAACCGCUGUUCUGUGCUCGCCAGCCUGCGCUCUUGAUGUCUGCCCCGGAUCUCCCUCCUUCCCCUGCUUCAACACCACCCAGGAAGCCGGCAGCCCGUCGGAAAACUCUCGCUGGCGUGAAGAUCUCCAAGGUGGGUGGCCGCUCCCUGCAGAGGAUCAGGCGCCCUGCUGUCCUCGCAGCAACGACGCCGGCGGCACAGGCGGCUGAGCAGUUUAUUGGCCGCAGCCUGGGCAUCAUCAAGAACGGGCAGGACGUCACCACUGCCACCCUGGAUGCCUUCGCUGUAAAGUUCAAAGAGCAGCUUCCUCCUGAUGUAAUUGUGGCCAUGAGAGAGUUCUUUGAGCUAGACAAUGGGGCUGUUACAGCGGUGGAAGAUGCUCUGAUCGAGCAUGGUGGAGCGGGGGUCCUCGACGCUGUGGGAGCAGAUGUUGCCGCGGGCUCGCUGGAUGGUCUGUUCCAGUUCAAGGGCAAUAGCUCUGUUUAUGGAAGAACUACAACUCUGUACGUGGUUUGUACCAGUUCAAGGGCAAUAGCUCAUGUUAGUGCAACUCUGGAUAAGAACAAGAGGAACGUCAACACGAGCAGAAUUAACCGCUUCCGCUCGACGCUUCAUUCCUGUGAACUCAAGGAAAUCCACCUCCAGAACAGACGCUUCACUUGGAGCAACGAACGCGCCAAUCCCACCUUGUGCAAGCUUGAUUCCUUCUUCUGCAAUGCCGAGUGGGACACCACUCACAACAAUCAUUUGCUACAUGCCCUGUCAUCUUCCCUCUCUGACCAUUGCCCUCUGUUGCUCGCCGACGACAAGGGCCCUAGGCGCCCGCGUACAUUCAGAUUUGAGAAUUUCUGGGUAUCACUGCCCGGAUUUCACGAGGUCGUUCUUGAUGCUUGGGCGGAGAGGGUGAGUCAUUCUGAACCGUACCAGGUCCUCCACCAUAAGCUCAAAAAAACGGCGCUCCGCCUUGCUCAGUGGAGCAAGCGUAUCUUCUCCAAGGCCAAGGUGCAGCUCCAUGCAGCCAACAUCAUCAUCCUUCGCCUGGACAUUGCGCAAGAGGAGCGCCUGCUAUCCCCGGAGGAGCUUGACCUACGCUCUAGGCUUAAGAGGCGCGUGAUCAGUCUUGCGGUUCUAGAGAGGGCAAGAAAGAGCCAAUGCGCUAGGAUUGCGAACCUGAAGGAUGGGGAUGCUAACACAAAAAUUUUCCACCGCCGCAUCAACGCUAGGAGAAGGAAAAAUCACAUCCAUAGGAUAAAAAACGCACAAGGCUGGGUCACCGACCAUAAGCAAAAAGAGGACAUCAUCCAUAACCACUUUGCCGAGGUCAUGGGCAGAGCAAGCACGAGCUCUGUUGACCUUAAUUGGGAUGAGCUUAAUAUCCAGUCGCAUGACUUGGAUGAUCUCGGUGAUCCCAUCACCGAGGAUGAGGUUUUGGCGGCCAUAAAAGCAAUGCCGGGGGACAAGGCUCCCGGGCCGGAUGGCUUCACGGGCAUCUUCUUCAAACGUUGUUGGGAAAUUAUUAAGCAUGAUCUCAUGCGGGUCAUCCAGAGCUUUGACUCGCUCCACACAUCCCACUUGCAAUGGCUCAACUCUGCCAAUGUGGUGCUUUUGCCCAAGAAGGAGGGGGCGGAGGGCGUCUCUGACUAUAGGCCUAUUACUCUUGUCCAUGCUGUGGCCAAGAUUAUCGCCAAGAUUCUUUCCCUGCGGCUUGCCCCUCACAUGGACGUUCUCGUCUCCAAUGCCCAAAGUGCUUUCAUAAAGAAGAGGAGUAUCCAUGACAACUUCAUGUAUGUGCGCAAUUUUGCGAGACGGUUGCACAAGCGCAAGACUUCAGCCCUCCUCUUCAAGCUUGACAUUAGAAAAGCUUUCGACUCGGUCAAAUGGGAAUACAUCCUAGAUGUAUUACAACGCAAGAGGUUCCCUUGCAAAUUCCGGAAUUGGAUCGCCGCUCUACUGUCAUCUUCCUCUUCGCGCGUUCUCCUCAAUGGGCUUCCGGGCCCCCCGAUCAAGCACGGCCGCGGGUUUCGUCAAGGGGACCCAAUUUCACCUCUACUGUUCGUCCUUGCAAGUGACCCCCUUCAACAUAUCCUCGACAUCGCAACUCACAAGGGCAUCAUCCAUAGGAUACGCGGCCGCGGCGUCAUGAUGAGAACCUCCCUCUAUGCGGACGACGCGGCCAUCUUCAUGGCCCCAAUCAAGCAGGACAUUGAUAACCUCUCAGUCAUCCUAAGGGGUUUCGGCGAAGUGACAGGACUCUGCACCAACUUCCGCAAGAGCUCGGUUGUGCCCAUUCGAUGCAGCCACCUUCCUCUGGAGCAUAUUCUGAGUAGCAUUCCGGCGACCCGCGCCGCUUUCCCAAUCAAAUAUUUGGGCCUCCCGCUCUCAGUUCGACAACUUCGGAAGGUCGACUUCCAGUAUCUUGAAGACAAGGCGGCCGGAAAAUUAGUAACUUGGGAGGGACAAAGCAUCACAACUAUUGGGCGCACUACCCUUGUCAGAUCGGUCAUCACCUCUCAAGCGGUAUUCUCCAUCACAUCUCUCAUUGUGCCAGAGGGCACACUUCAUAAUAUCAACAAGAUUGAGAGGGCCUUCCUCUGGUCAGGGUCGGACAAGACGACCGGCGCAAAAUAUAAGGUCAAUUGGGACAUGGUCUGCAGGCCUACGAUCUAUGGAGGCCUGGGCAUCCUCAACACCGACAAGUUUGCUCGGGCCUUGCGACUAAGGUGGCCAUGGUACGAAUGGAAGGAGCCUACCAAGCUUUGGGUUUGCUUGGGCAACCUAUGCACCGAGGAAGAUAUGAAUUUCUUCAAUGCCUCCACCACAAUCAUCGUUGGCAAUGGUGCAAAAACACCGUUCUGGGACUCCCCGUGGUUGCUUGGUUGCAAGCCCAAGGAUAUUGCCCCCCUUAUUUUUCAAGCCUCAAAAAGGAAGAGAUCGACGCUUCGUCAGGCCCUUCGAGGGAACGCUUGGAUGACCCACAUCAAGCAUGACACUAUUGUCUCCGUCGCACACAUCCGGGAACUUUUCUCGCUUUGGGCUCUUGUGCAUGACUUCCGUCUUGACGAUCACGUUGAGGACGACAUUGUUUGGAAACAUGCUGAUGAUGGGCAGUACUCGGCGGCCACAGCAUAUAAGGCGCAAUUCCUUGGCCUGACGCACUCGCCCAUUCACCACAUGGUUUGGAGAGCUUGCCCCCCCCCUAAGGUUAAAUUCUUCGCAUGGUUGACCUUGCAAGACCGGAACUGGACCGCCGACCGGUUGGAGCGGCGUGGUUGGGAUAAUUGUGGGCUUUGCCCGCUUUGCAAACGUGAGCAAGAAUCGGGCAUCCACCUCUUCGUCAAGUGCCGCUUCUCCAUUAGGCUCUGGCGAUCGGUCAUCGACAAGUUUGGUCUUGUGCAUAUGGACACCUCCGAUUGGCACCUUGAGGAUUCCCUCAUGCAAUGGUGGGAUAGAAGGACCGACAUGCGAAACCCCAAUAGACGAGCGAUGGCCUCCCUCACCAUGCUCGUCUCUUGGACUAUUUGGAACGAGAGAAACGCGCGGGUGUUUCGCAACAAGAGUGCGCCGCCGCCUAUCCUGCUCCAAAAUAUCGUACUCGAGGCAAAACUAUGGGUUACGGCAGGUGCUAAGAAACUAGGGCGUAUUGUUGUACGAGAGUAA